AUGGCUAAGCUCGCUUUCAUCGCCACUGUGGCUCUUGGUGCUUUUCAAGCUACCUCUGCUGCUUGUACUAACCCUACCCAACGGAAGUCAUGGGCUGCAAUGACAAAUGCUGAGAAGGCGGAGUACAUCCAGUCGACGCUUUGCUUAAUGGACCCUGCCCAGUCGCCAUCCAAGACCAACUAUGCCGGUUCCAAGACUCGCUGGGAUGAGCUUCAGGUUGCUCACGUUGCCCAAGUCCAGUUCAUUCACCGUGUGGGCGCUUUCCUCCCGUGGCACCGUUACUUCAUGACGGUCCACGAGAACCUCCUCCGCAACGAGUGCGGUUUCACUGGACCCUACCCCUACUGGGAUCAGCAGACUGAUGAGGCGAAUGGCCUUCUUACGGAGGCUAGCAUCUGGGGCACUGAUCCCGCGACUUCAUUCGGCACCGGUGCUAGGACUGCUGAUGGCUGCCUUGCUGAUGGCCCCUUCACCAAGGUCACCUACAACAUCAACUACCAGCUUGAGAGAGGCGAGUCGCAGUGCCUGAACUACGAUCUGAAGCAGAACCAGUUCGAGAACGCCGCACAGGAGAUCGUCGACGCUUGCAAUGACCUUCAGACCUACGACGACUUUAACAACUGCAUCGGCGGCGCAACGCAUACCUCUGGACACUUUGCCAUCGGAGGCACUAUGGAUGACGCCUCUCUCUCUCCUGCCGACCCCAUGUUCUUCAUGCACCACACCAACCUGGACCGUAUCUGGUGGGAGUGGCAGGUUAAGAACGAGUCCCGCCUUACCGACAUGGGCGGCCCCAACGUGGCCACCAGUGCCUUGCUCUCUUCUAUGCAGCCCAAGAUCCUCCCCGAGGCCGCUUUCGUUCCUUACUUCGGCGAUAACGGUGACGUUACCACCCUGAACCAUAUCCUAUGGGUCGCUGGAACUGCCGACAACAUCACUAUUGCCGAAGUUAUGGAUAUCGGCAGCGAUGCCAUCUGCACGGAGUAUGUGUAA